AUGAAGCUUCUGUGCGUGCUUCUAGCCUUUGCAGGCGUUGGUCAACUGUAUGGAUUUAAGAUCUGUGAACGAAAGGCUCCCGGCACGAUGAUGGGAAGUCCAACAAACUGCAGUGAGUUCUAUAUGUGCCGUAAUGGGCGUCCAGUUUUGUUUUCCUGUCCGGAGCACAUGUACUUCGACGUCGAUACGGCAGCUUGCGGAUAUGAAGCAUUCUGUGCUGAUAACGAUGUGAACUUGAGUGUGGACCCGCUGGAACCGCUCGGUCCAGAGUACUCCCCGAUUGUGGCUGAUCCGUCGCAACUCGUACCGACCAGCCGUGUCUGCUUCGGAUCAGCUGCAGGUGCUAUUCGCUUGGACACUGCAGGCUGCAGCUCGUUCUUCCAGUGUACCAGAGCUGGUCCACUUCGGCUUGAGUGUCCCGCCGGCACACUGUUCGACAGCAAUCGUAUGCUGUGUGAUGCGGCCGAUAUUGUUUCGUGUGCAUUUGCUCCGCCAAAGCCUAACACAGGCACAAGCAAUCUACUGACGCUGCUUUGUUUUGGCAAGAAGAACGGUCAUAAGAUAGCGCAUCCGACCAAAUGCGAACGGUACGUCGUGUGCAAUGGACGUAACAAGCCCCAGGAGCUUACUUGUCCACCCGGUACGGCUUACAGCAAGCAGCGCAACAUUUGUGACUUUGCACACAACGUUGAAUGCUAG